UGCGACGACGGUCAUCUGAUGUGCUCGUCCUGCCGCGGCGCGCACGGCGAGGACUGCGGCCGCGUCGCCGCCCCCUGCCGCCUGGCAGACGCCUACGCCGGCGCCGUCAAGCUGCCGUGCGACUACGUCAAGUUCGGCUGCGAGGCGGGGCUCGUCGUCUACCACGACUCCGUGGACCACCGCCGCGCGUGCCAGCACGCGCCCUGCUGCUGCCCUGAGCGCGACGGGCCCUGGGGCGGCGGUGGCUGCGACUUCACCGGCUCCCGGGAAAUGCUCCUCGAGCACAUCUCCACGAACCACUCCCGCCAGGUCAUCCUCAUGCGCCACGGCCAGACGGGGAGGCUCAGCCUGCCACUGGCACGGCGCUGGCAGGUCCUCGUCGACCAGGACGACAUGGCCAACCGGCAUCGGAGCGUGUUCCUCGUGAUCUUGGCCGAGCGCGACAAGGACGCCGCGGUGUCGCUGGUGUGCGUCAGGGCGGACGGCGACGCACCGGGCGCGCCGCAGUUCUCGUACAAGCUCGCUGUGGAGCACAGCGGCAGUGGCGCGAGGGUGACGUUCGAGUUGCCGGUCAUGAAAAGCAGCUCCCUGCCUGCUGGCACGCCAUGGCCGGACGAGUUUACCUCCCUGUCGGUGCCGAAAGCGUAUCUGUCUGACGACAUUGUCCCCCUCAACAUCCACAUUGACAAACAC